CACCCACACGGCUGAGGUCACACCGGCCCAGCCUCUUUUGCAACUUUCCCAAGUUUGUGCAUAAAGAGAGAGGAGGAAAACUCAGAAGGAAGUGACUUGGCCUCAACAAGUUUGCUCCCAAAGCCUUUUUCCUCUGAUCUAGCUGAGACUGCUGUUCUAAGAGGAGCCCCCCAGACUCAGAGAAAACCCCCCACCUGCCGUCGGAGGCUGAAAAGGCUCUGGAAGCUUUUCCUGGCUCUUGUCUGUUCCAGCAACACCAGAGAUUCUGAAGCCCCUCCAUGAAUCCUCGGAAGAAGGUGGACCUCAAGCUCAUCAUCAUUGGAGCCCUGGGUGUUGGAAAGACCUCCCUCCUCCACCGAUAUGUGCAUAAGACGUUUUACGAAGACUAUCAGACCACACUGGGGGCCAGCAUCCUCUCCAAGAUUAUCAUACUGGAUGACACAACCUUGAAGCUACAGAUCUGGGACACAGGCGGCCAGGAGCGAUUCCGCUCCAUGGUGUCUACAUUCUACAAAGGCUCUGAUGGCUGUGUCCUGGCUUUUGAUGUCACUGACCUGGAGUCCUUUGAAGCCCUGGAAACCUGGAGGGGUGAUGUUCUGGCCAAAACCAUUCCAAUGCACCAGUCCUACCCCAUGGUGGUGCUCGGGAACAAGAUCGAUCUGGCAGACCGGCAGGUUCCGCAAGAGGUAGCCCAAGGCUGGUGUAAAGAGAAGGAUAUUCCCUAUUUUGAAGUCAGUGCCAAGAAUGACAUCAACGUGGUACAAGCCUUCGAGAUGCUGGCCAGUCGGGCUCUGUCAAGGUAUCGAAGCAUCUUAGAGAGUUACCUCACAGACUCCAUCAAGCUCUCACCGGAAGACCAGCCCAAGAGCAGAUGCUGCUGACCGUCCGGACCCCGGCUCUGCGCGCCCACGGACAGAGCUCAGCCCCGCCGGCCGCCCGCGCUCAGACGGCAGCCAGGCUCCUAGGCCGGCA